AUGAAUAAUUGUACUGCAAGUCUUCCUGGCGGCGAUAAAUUAAGUCCUGACAAUACGAAGAAGACGAAAGGACCCCUAAUUACUACUGCUAUAAAGCCAUGUACUUAUCAGGGAACAAAAGGCAGUGUUGAAGUACUGGACAUAAAGAUUCCACUAAAAGAAAAAUCCGUACAGAUCGCACCGGACUCACUAGGGGCCAUCCCCAAACAACGACGAGUGUCCAUCUCCCUAGCUCGUAACGAUGACCUCACAGGGCGCCCCGUGGGUACAGACAAAGACAACUAUAGAGAGAUCACUUACAUAGGACAUGGCUCAUUGGAUACGUCACGGAAAGUUAAAGGUCAACAUGGCGGGUUCAUUCGCCGUAUGAUAAAUGAUUUAGAAUACAGAAACAGGUUUUUACAAAGCCUUGCUAUAUUCUGGGCAUUCGCUGUUCUGGGAUGGACAAUUGGUCAGUUUGGUCCAUCAUUCCUAGAUCUGCAGGUCAUCACAGGGUCCAGUCUGAGAGAGGGGUCAGCCUUUAUGACUGCCCACUCCGUAGGGUACCUUCUGGGGUCCUUGACCAGUGGACUUGUAUUUGACAGUCUCGACAAAGUUCUUUUGGUGUUUUAUCCUGUUCUUGGGAACGCUGUUACCAUCGCCAUCAUUCCCUGGUGUUCUCCAUACGGCCUGAUGGUGUUCAUUCAUUGGGUUAAAGGUUUAUUUAGUGGAGGACUGGACGCAGUGUGCAAUGCCGAGACCGUGUAUAUAUGGGGAGACGAAGGGAGAUCUUUCAUGCAAGCUCUCCAUUUCUCAUUUGCAAUGGGAGGAAUUCUGGCACCAAUGGCAACGGCGCCAUUUUUGGUUGACGAUCCUGAAAUACGAAAUAUAACGAUGAUGAAGCAGUUGUUACGAAAACCGCGCAGUUUACUUGGAAAUGACACGUAUUUUUAUGAGACUCUCGGUUCAGGUUUAGACUAUACUACAGAUCAUAUCAAUGCAACACUUGGAACUGUCACGUACAACGUCACUUCCUUUUUGAAUAUGUCCACAAUAACUUCCGGUCUCACAACGAUGUUGACGAAAGAACAGCUUAAUGUGACAUCGUCGCCAUUCCUUAAAGCGGUGACGAUGUCUGUAGGGCAAACCUCAACAGUCACGUCCAUCUUGAACUCUACCACAAAAGCCAUAGCAAGUACACUUCCGGCUGAGCUGCCAGAUGAACCAUCUCAACUUUGGAAAGCUUGCACAAUCACAUCUGCAAUGGGACUAACGGCCUCCAUACCGUUCUUUAUAAUGCGUCUAAAGAGAACGAAAUUAGAAAUGGCUACCGGACGUAAAGACGAGGACAAGCUACUUCGCGUUCUCCCACUGUCUACUAAGGCUCUAAUUUUAUUCAAUAUGAGUAUGUUGCUUGGUACAUACAGUGCUAUUGAGGACACAUUUGCUGGUUUUUUGACGACGUUUUGUGUCAAACAAAUGAAAUGGACGAAAGCAAUGGGAUCAUUCACAACCUCCGUAUACUGGGCUUCCUUUGGGGGUGGUAGAUUUGUGGGAAUAUUUCUCGUGAAAAUGUGUGACCCAGUACGGAUCAUAACAUUGUAUUCCACUCUGCUAGUGCUGUCUUUCAUUGGAUUGUACUGUACUUCGGUAGGGCAGUUUGAUGGAGGAGUGUGGGUGUGCGCGUUCUUAGGUGGGUUUGCACUCUCAGUAAUAUUCCCGACAAUUUUUACGUGGACGGAGGCGGAACUUCUUCCUGUUACUGGAAAAAUAGCCUCGAUUUUCUUAAUAGCGUCAUCAAGCGGAACUAUGGUAAAUCCGAUCGUUCUUGGUUAUCUUAUGGACUCGUUAACCCCCAUGUGGUUCUGUUAUCUGCUUCUCGGCGAGAGUAUCACAAUGUAUAUAUUGUUUUUAUCCGCUUUAAAUAUAGCAAGGAUUGUGAGAAACAGACAACGUAUGGCGGCGGAGAGUGGUGUAACGGAUGAUAAUAUCAUAUCAGAGGAAGAGAUUGACGACGACGACGACGGCGAUGAAGUUGCUACAGAGGAGGAGAAAGAAAAACUGUUGUCGGAUCAAAGAAGACGAGAAUACGAGGAAAUGAUGAGUUCGAGAUCGAUGUGUAUUGAUAUGAAUGAUAUCGAUUUUGGGGACAAAUUGAUUUUCAUUGAUAGCCUGAAGAAAUAA